GCCACCCGGAUGCCGGUAUGGCGCUCGUCAUGCUUCCGUGUGAUCUUCCCUGGUGGCCGAACGUGCAGAAGAAGUUGGCCCAGAUCGAGGAGUCCACCUCGCUCGACGUCGUCCUCGAGGUGAUGCAGAAGCUGCACGAGCUGUGCAAUGUCAGUCUCGAUCCGGACGAGGACGGCAAGGAUACGGCCGUGUUCGACGGGCUGCGGCACUUCGUCGAACACACGCUGGAUGCCACCGAGCGGGAUCACUUCCUGGGCCACACCGUCCGCUCGCUGGCGCGGCACGCCCGUGCCCUGAAGCUCCACCGGCCACCGCGCGGGCUCAGCUUCAGCCUGCAGCAGCAGGCCGACAGCUGCGAGCUCAGCUACCGGCUCGUGGCCGCGCUGUUGGCCAACGCGUUCUUUUCGACAUUUCCAAAACGUACUGAAAAAACACACCCCACGUUACAAGACUUUAACUUUACACACUUUUUUAGAGGUUUAGUAGACAAUGGCGUGCAGAGGGCCAAGUUCCGCAGCUUCCUGCACUACUUCGACUGGUUCGAGCGGAACCCGUCCGAGGCGCUCGAGGGCUGCCUGCGGGUUUCGCGCAAGGUGAUGACCGGCAAGCAGUGGCUCACGAUCGAGGACUGGCUGGAGUGCGAGCUGCCGCUCUGUGACGUCGAGAUCCGGCACGAGGGCAAGCUGGAUAAGGCGGACCCGGACACGAUGCAGACCGUGUUUGCGACGGCCCGACUCGGCGGCACCGUGUUGGCCGACGGCGACUCGCAGGAGUCGCUUCUGUUCUGUACCUUCCCCGAGCUGCUGGCCGUGCUGCUGUACGUGGAGGCGCUCGAGGACAACGAGACGCUGCAGAUCGAGAACGCGCACCACGUGGCCCGGAUCGUGGAUCCACGGAGCGGGAAGGCCCCGCUGCUGGAGCGGAUUGCCGAGCCACGGCGGACGACACUGUGCUGUGUGGACGCGGAGAACUACCGGGCACUACCGUCACAGCAAUUCGAGGAGGAUGACAUACUGCGCGAGCUAAACAAGUGCCUGUUGGCGUUCCGCCAGAACACCACCUGUCCGGUGCUCGGCGAUGGGGCCGGCGACGGAUCGUCAGCGGACCGUAAAGGUGCACCGACGACGAAGCCGUCCGGCCUGAAGCUGGACCAGCUGGAGACGGUGUCGAGCAAGGGCCGGCUGUCACCGAUCGGUGAGCGUGACCGGGAGGGCUCGACACCCGGCUCACCGGACGUCUACACGACGAUCUUCAUCCGGCAGGCGACGCCCGGUUCGAAGCGAUCGAGCAGCGACUCGAACAAGCUGGAGCGGGACAUCAACAAGCGGCGAUCGUGGCUAUCGCCGGAGCGUCCACCAGCACCGACGGGUGGCACAAGUCCCCCUUCCGGAGGUGGCCGGCGGGGCAAGUUCAUUAUCCUCGGAUCGUCGGGCGAGUGCUUGCCGGUCAAUCGGCAUCCGCUUCGGAUCCCCGGCCCAGAACCGGGGACGCGGCCCGACUCGAUGUCCAGCUGUGAUUCGGACGAGUUCCACAGCGCGAAGGAAUCGUUCGAGGAGGACGAGGACGACGAGGACGGGCUGCGGGUGCACGCGUACGCCGCCGAACUGGACACGCCCGAGAGGCGGUACGACUUUGCGCAGAAACUGCGGGCCGCCCUCGAGCAGGACCGGCCGAAUGGGGCAGCGGCGGCGGAGGACGACGGCAGCAGCAGCUACGCGGUCGGCAUCAGUGUGGCCGGAUCGGGGACGCGCGAUGCGGACCGGGACGACAUUCGCGUCCGGCGCGGUGGAUCCUGCGGGUUCGUGCUCGAUGGCUCGCUGGACAGUACGUGCGACGAGUACGACUGGGUGGAUCACCCGUCGGCGGCGGUGGCAGCGGUGACCGGGCAGCGGCCCGCGAACGGGACGCUGGAACGGAAGGGGACGAACGAGUCGUCCCGGUACAGCUUCGAUUCGGAUCUCGGCUCGGAGCUGGAGGAGGUGUACGAGAAGUUCGCCAAAUGGUUGGAGGAACCGAUCAGCACCGAUAAACCGAAGAAGCUCGACGCACGGGACGAGGCGGUCCUCAAGUUUGCCAACUCACUGCUCAAGCGGACGCUCAGCGAGAGCUUCGUCGGCAUUCCGUUCACCGAAGAGUGUCUGACGGGGGGCAGCGGGACGACCGGCGAGGGGCGUGGGGUCCGCGUUGCGUCCACCGGCGGCAGUAUCGGCCGGAAGGAGAAGAUCCUGCUGCACGUUCGGUCGCUGUCGCUCGAGCUGGCCAAACACAAGCACCGGCUUGCGGCCCAACUGCGCACCGAGUAUCUGGCCCUGGAGCCGGCGAAGCUGUUCAAGUGUCCCAACAUGCCGCUCACGCGCACCGACCACCGGAAGCUCCUGCACAGGCUCCGGUCCACCGCGAGCGGGUCCGGGGGCUCCGGGACGGAUCCGACCACCGGCACAACGACGGUGACCAGCGGGUGCGUGGGCACGGCCAGCUCCCGCCGGUCGCACUCGUCCACGUCCAGUGUGCCCUCGAUCGAGCGGCAAUCGUCGCUGAAGGCGAAACUCCUGCACUACAAACCGAACUGGUCCGUGUCGUACUAUCAGGACGUCAAGUGUGACGAUGUGGUACUGAAGAUCUCGCAGCUGGCCCAGAAGCGAACGCUGAACGUGAACCUGAGACCGGUGGCCACCGGGAACUGGGGAUGCGGGAGCACCCGCCGUGGCGACGUCCAGCUGAAGAUGGUGAUCCAGUGGAUGGCGGCCAGUGUGGCCGGACUGCCGUAUCUGAGCUACUACACCGCCGGGAACGAGAAGCUUUCCAAGCUCGAUACGAUCUGCCGCGUGCUGAAGGACCGCAAGUGGACGGUCGGCGAGCUGGCGUCGGCCACACUCAGCCACGCCCGGGACAUACUGGAGGACCCGUUCUACUACAACAACGACCGGAACUAUUGUAUGUUCUUCGAGAAGCUGAUCGGACUGGAGAAGACGACGCACUGAAUCGGUGGACGAGGUUGUGCAUUGGACCAAAAGGAUGGCGAAAAAGAGGAAGAGAGUGAGAGACGGAGGGAGAGCGACAUAAUUGGAUAGAAGUUUAAAAGACAACUAACCGUAGAGUCCUUCCGAGGCGAUGGGGCUUACCGUCUCCGUCGAAGUGAAACUUCGAAAGCAAUAAAAAGAAACUUUUUCCAUGCGUUAGACGGAAGAGCAAAGACCGAUGGGAGAUCACCCUGACCGUACACCACCUCAAGGCCCUCAAGGCCGCCAAUUGUAAAUAGAUGUACGGGAAGUCCGUGGAAAGCUCUCCUCGCACGCACAAAGCAAAUCUCAAAACGUCUUCCUUCGAACGCCGUUGAGGCAGGGUUUUCGUGUGUCGUGCCGUGCCGUGGGUGGG